AUGUGUUCAUUUUUUAUUUUUGAUCAGAUUGGAGAAGGUAGUUAUAGUGUUGUCUAUAAAGCCAGAGAUACUUUAACGGAAGAUAUUGUUGCUUUGAAAAAACUCCAAUGUGAUCCUUCUGACCCGGAGAGUGUGAAAAUGAUUUCUAUGGAGAUUGCUAUUUUGCGCCGUCUAGAUCAUCCCAAUGUCAUUAAAUUGAAAGGCAUAGUGACAUCAAGGAUGUCUGAAACUUUGUACCUGGUUUUCGAAUAUAUGGACCAUGAUUUGGCUACACUGUCUGCAAAAGCUGAUAUGCAUUUUACUGAGCAUCAGGUCAAGCAUUAUAUGAAUCAGCUACUCUCUGGUUUAAAGUACUGCCAUGACCAUCAAGUGCUGCAUCGUGAUAUUAAGGGGUCAGAUCUUCUUCUUGAUAACAAUGGGGUUCUUAAGAUUGCUGAUUUUGGUUGUGCUUCUUUCUUUGACCUCAUUCAUGAGCAGCCAAUGACUAAUCGUGUGGCUACAUUUUGGUAUCGAGCCCCUGAGCUUCUAUUAGGAGCUACUGAGUACGGUGUAGGUGUUGACCUCUGGAGUGCAGGCUGCAUUUUGGCUGGAUUAUUGGCAAAGGGGCCUAUCCUUGCUGGUCACACAGAGGGGGAGCAGAUCCAGAAGAUAUACGCAUUAUGUGGGUCGCCUUCAGAUGAAUAUUGGAAAACUUAUAAAUUACCUUUGGAAAACAUAUACAAACCUGAACUACAAUCCAGAAGACGCAUAAGAGAGACUUUCAAUGACUUCUCACCUUCAUCAUUGUCACUCCUAGAUAUCCUUCUUUCAAUUGAUCCAGUUAAACGUCAAACUGCUGCAUCUGCUCUGCGAAGCAAGUUUCUUAGCGAUGUAUGUCAACCCAACAAGAGUGAAAGCUCUAAAAAGGAAGGCAUGGGUUCAAUGAUAAGCAAUACUUCUUUGGCAGGGCCUAGAAAACAAGAUGAUUAUGUUCAUGGGUCAGUUGUAUGGGAUCAUUUCACUGAGCUCGUUGACCAUGGUGGUAAGAAAAUAUGCAGAUGUAAUUAUUGUUCGGAGGACUAUGAUUAUGCAUCAACUUUUGGAAGUUCUAUGUUGAUGAAUCAUAUAAAAAAUUGUGUCUCUAACCCUUAUGGUCAACGUCAAAGUAAAUCAAAAUUGAGUUUCCCUGUUACCAAAGUUGGAAAUAUCAGGGAGACCAAAAUUAGUUUAUAUUCUUGGAGGUUUGAUCAACAAGUAGCAAGUAAAUCCAUAGUCGAAAUGAUAAUAAGAGAUAAACUACCAUUUAAGUUUGUUGAAAAUGAAGGUUUUAGAAGAUGCAUGGAAUUAUGUCAGCCUGCCCUUGUGAUCCCAUCUUUAAGUGCAAUACGACAUGAUUGUUAUGGCUUAUUAGUUGAUGAAAAAGAAAAACUUAAAUCUAUACUUAAGGAGUCAACUCUAAGGGUUUGUUUGACAACUGAUACUUGGACAUCGGUCCAAAGAGUUAACUACAUGUGUCUUACAGCUCAUUUCAUUGAUAUUAACUGGAAGCUGCAAAAAAAGGUGAUUGAUUUUUUUCCUAUUUCGAACCUAAAGGGGAGUGAUAUUGGAAGAGCUAUUGAGUUGUGUUUGGUUAAUUGGGAUUUACGAAAUGUUUUCACUGUUACUGCUAACUCUGCAAGUAGUAAUGAUACAGUCGUCGAGUAUUUGACAAGACAUUUUGUAAAAAGGGGGAAUCUUUGUGUUUUAAACGGAAAAUGGACUCAUGUUAGAUGUAUCAAUCAUAUUAUUAGUUUAGUUGUUCAUGAUGCGAUGAAGGAAAUUGGCGGUUCAGUGGACAGAAUUAGGGCAGCUGUGAAGUAUGUAACAGAAUCACCCCCAACCAUGAAAAAGUUUCAGGAGUUCGCUAAGUUGGAAAAACUUAACUGUGAGAAGCCAUUGUGCUUGGAUAUUCCAACACAUUGGAGCUCUACUUAUUUUAUGUUGCGUAUAGCAAUAAUAUAUGAAAAAGCAUUUGAUAGGUUUGCUAUUGCGGAUUUUCUGUAUAGGAGUGACCUUCAAGAAGGGCCUGGGGUGCCAUGUUCUUUUGAUUGGGAUAAUGUGAGGAGAUUAGUAGGCUUCCUUCAGCACUAUUAUCAACUUAGUAUAAGAGUUUCUGGUACAAAGUAUAUUACAUCAAAUAUAUUUUUAGAUUAUAUUUGUUGCAUUCACAAUGUUUUCAAAGAAUGUUCGUCAAGUGAAGAUGCCGAAAUCAGGAAAAUGUCAUCAGUAAUGAAAAGGAAGUUUGACAGAUACUGGGGUGAAAUUGGAAAGUUUAAUUUGUUGGUGUACAUUGCUUCUGUGUUUGAUCCAAGAACAAAAUAUAUGUAUCUUGAGGUCACUCUUUGUAAAAUGUAUGGUGAUGAAGAUGGGACGAAAAUUGCUACGUUGUGUAAGAAUACGUUGUAUGAGCUAUUCAAUGAUUACCAAAGAAUUCACUACGGUGACCAUUUGAAAAAUGUUUUCUCUUCAUCUAAUGUUAUGAAUCACUCAUCUACUUCACCUAGACAAAGUAUGGGUUUGUUUGGUAGGAGUAAUGAUGCCGUUACAGCGUCGAGAGAGAAAAACUUGGCCAAGCUGGAAAGGAAGAAGGAAGAAUUGGGUGUUACAAAUGAUCCUAAAUCUGAAUUAGAUAUAUACUUGACCCAAGAGAUUGAGGGUGAUGAUUAUUACUUCCGUAGCAAAGAAUUUAGCGUUUUGGAUUGGUGGAAGAAGAGAAGUGAAACUUUUCCUAUAUUAUCGCUAGUUGCUCGUGACGUUUUAGCUAUUCCUGUUUCUACGAUGGCUGAGUCAUCCUUCAGCACAAGAGGAAGAGUACUCAACUCAUUUAGGACAACUUUUAAUCCUAAAACUAUACAAGCAUUGAUAUGUUGUCAAGAUUGGAUUCGACCAAGCGAUGCUCCCGUUAAUGUCGAACAACACAUUCAAGGGCUUCAUAAAUUUGAAGAAGGCAUGCGAGAAACAUUCAAGGAUUAAGCGGCUGUGAUACUUUGUGCUGCAAGGAGGUAAUGAGUGUCCUCUACUGCGAUCACUCUAUGCUCUAUUGUCAAAUUGUUGAUAAUGCUAUUAGACAGGGGUGUGCGUAUGUGUUUUGUUGUAACGACAAUGUAAUAGAUAAUGAAUAUUUCGGAAAAAGGUAUACUCACUUCUUUCCCA